CGACCAGUUGUACGAGUGUGCGGACGUUUGGCCACGGCAAUCGGCGGAAAACUUCAUCCGCAGAACCGGAAAAAAUACAUUUGCGCUGGUGCGGCGGAAGUUGAACUUCGGCCAUUUGGGCAGUGAAAGUGGCAAAGUAAAAAAUUAAAGUGGGAACACAGCAAAUAUUAAAAAGUUUCGCACCUUGGUCGCGCUUGAGUUUCGGCCAUGAGCAGACGAUUCCCCAGCUUUUGGCUGCUGCUCAUGCAGUCCUUGUGUUUGAGCCAGGCCAGCUUUUCGGAACUAAACAAUUCGGAUCCCAAGUUCAGCGGUCCCAUCAACAAUUCAACAGUUCCCGUGGGACGGGAUGCCCUGCUCACGUGCGUUGUCCACGACCUGGUUAGCUUCAAGGUGGCCUGGCUGCGAGUGGACACGCAGACGAUACUGAGCAUCCAGAACCAUGUCAUCACCAAGAACCAUCGCAUCUCCAUCUCCCACACGGAGCACCGCAUCUGGCAGCUGAAAAUACGCGAUGUUCACGAGUCGGAUCGCGGAUGGUACAUGUGCCAAAUCAACACGGAUCCCAUGAAGAGCCAAAUGGGCUACCUGGACGUCGUGGUGCCGCCAGACAUCGUAGACUAUCAAACCAGCCAGGACGUAGUUCGUUCCUCGGGCCAGAACGUGACACUCACUUGCAGUGCGACCGGAGUUCCCAUGCCCACCAUUACCUGGCGUCGCGAGGAAUCGACUCCGAUCCUGGUUUCAGACGACGGCGAUCGGGAAGUGUUCAGUGUGGAGGGUCAGAAUCUCACACUGUGGCAGCUGCAGCGCGCCCACAUGGGCGCCUACCUCUGCAUUGCCUCCAACGGUGUGCCGCCCACAGUGAGCAAGCGCGUCAUGUUGGUGGUGAACUUUGCGCCAACGAUCUGGACACGCUACGAUACCAUCUACGUGGGCCUGGGCCAAAAGCUGACGCUGGAGUGCAUCACAGAAUCGCAGCCGGCAUCGGUGAACUUCUGGCUGAGGGACUCGCAACUGCUGCAAGGAGGUUCCUAUGAGUCGGUCUCGGUGGACCACGUCUUUCGGAUCGUGAUGCGGAUCACACUGCGCCCGAUAACGAAAAGAGACUUUGGAGAGUACAUAUGCAGGGCAAAGAAUGCGAUGGGUCAGACAGAUCGGAUUAUAACAGUGCAUCAUAAGGCCAAGAGGCAUGGGCAGCACUCGCACCAAACUUCCUCCCGCGAAAGUCAGUUCAUUGUCAUCGAAGAAUACAUAGCGAAUGUGUCUGACAAGAGCUGCAGUUUCCAACCCCUUUGGAUAAUGUUUCUAUGUUUCGUCAAUAAAGUGUCACUUUUGUGAGCAAUC